ACGCUGCCUCGGAGCGCGGCGUGCGUACCGAAGGGGAAGCGUUGAUUGACAGUCGGAGGUACGGAGCGCCCCGUGCGGCACACAAGCGCUAAUCUUCCCCCCCGUACCCGUCUUUUCAAAGGCAUCUCUGUGAAAUACCAGCCAGAUCAGCCUGGCGCAAAUAUAGGAGGCUCUAUCCAUCCCCCUGGGCUCGGCGUUUGGAGUCUUCAUCGCGAAGAGAGUAAAAAGAGGAACGCGGCAGCUCUGCGACCCUAUCCCAUCCUGUCUUCACCUGUUCAGUCACAACUGGACACAGUGUGGGCUAACCUGGCGUCUCAAAGUGUCCUGUAAACCGGGAGUGGAUGGACAGAAAGGGUCAGGUUGCACUUUGCAAUCUGAGCCAAAGAAGAUUUUGACGCUUCCUUUUUUUGUGGAGUAAAAGGGACUGCGACUUGCUUUCUGGAUCAUUUUGGGGUUUAUUUUCAUUUGUUUUAAAUCCAACAUAAUUGCGAUGCAUCUGUUAGUCAAGGCACAAAUCUGGAGCCCGUAAACACUCAUUUUUCAUUCUUUUUAAGUGGAAUAACGACCAGAUAAUCAGGAGACUCACGGGAGGAAUAUUGGUGCGUAAUUUGUGCGGUUGCUGAGCCGCAGAAGUAGUUGUGCCUCCCUUCUUCUUCUUUUCUUUUUUUCCACGAUAAAUACCCCAUUUUUCCAUGGAGUAAGCUAAAAUCACUAAAGACUUUCCCGGAGCGGGUUUAUUCUUCUCGGUCGCCUGGAACAAACAGGCGGAUCUGAUGCGCAGAUUCUCCGUAGGAUGGUAAAUGACCAAUGGGGAAUCAUGAACAGCUCUUCUGAACUCGAAGAUGGGACUCGGCAUAAAAACCAGACGUUCUGUGAGUGUGUGCCCAGCUCCUCCCAGCUCAAACAUCGCUGGUCAGACUCAGAAACUGCCAGGGAGACUCCCGCCAAGAGGAUGAGCUGCAGCUACCUGCUCUGCACUAUCCUGCUCUUCGUUGCUGUAUUGCUGGCCGUCACCGUCACAGGCACCAUCCUUUUUAUGAAUCACUACCAGGCCCCGCCCAUGUCCGAUGGCCUCCCCCACAUCUCCACCAAUCAGGAUGAAGCCAAUGCCCUGGUGACCGUCGAGAGAGGCGACGGCUCUCGCAUCAACAUCUUCAUCGACCCCAACUGUCCCGACUACAACAGUAACUUUUUGCGCCUGGAGGGCGUGCAGACCUCACUGCUUCACUCGCUAACCGACCACGACUCUGACCUGAAGUCGGUGAAAGGCCAGGAUCGGGCUCUCCUCGUCAGUCUGGCCGAGGAGGUGGCCAAGCUGUCAGCCCACGCUGGGCAACUGAAAAUGGACUAUGAAUCCUUACGCAGGGGGCAGGGCAGCCUGGGGCAAGACCUCAACACAUUGCAGACGGAGCAGGGACGCCUCAUACAGCUUCUGUCAGACAGUCAGAUCAACAUGGUGAAGGUGGUGAACUCCGUGAGUGAUGCUCUUAACGCCAUGCAGAAGGAGAACGUGGGCUUGAAGGCGCGUGUCAAGGCUGACCUGCAGAGAGCACCAGUCAGAGGGGCCCGUUUCAAGGGCUGCGCCAAUGGCUCGCGUCCCCGUGACUGCGGUGAUCUGUACGCCAGUGGUCAGAGAGAGGACGGCAUCUACUCAGUGUUUCCUGUCCACCACCCUGCAGGCUUCCAGGUCUACUGCGACAUGACCACAGACGGAGGAGGCUGGACGGUGAUCCAACGCAGGGAGGAUGGCUCGGUAAACUUCUUCAGACCAUGGGAGUCCUAUCGUGAGGGAUUUGGCAAGAUCACUGGUGAACACUGGCUCGGGCUGAAGCAGAUCCAUGCCCUGUCCAUCCAGGGGAACUAUGAGCUUCGUAUCGACUUGGAGGACUUUGAAAAUAGCACCGCUUAUGCUCAGUAUGGAACCUUUGGAGUGGGCCUCUUCUCCGUAGAUCCUGAUGAUGAUGGAUAUCCUUUGACUGUGGGGGACUAUUCUGGCAAUGCAGGUGACUCUCUGCUGAAGCACAACGGGAUGAAGUUCACCACCAAAGACCGGGACAACGACCACUCUGAGAACAACUGCGCCUCCUUCUACCACGGUGCCUGGUGGUACCGCAACUGCCACACCUCCAACCUUAACGGCCAGUAUCUGCGCGGCCAGCACACCUCCUAUGCCGAUGGCAUCGAGUGGUCCUCCUGGACUGGCUGGCAGUACUCCCUUAAGUUCUCUGAGAUGAAGAUACGACCCACCCGUGACCCAGAGAAUAAAUGAGAUGGACAAAAAGAAUAAAAAGGAGAAAAAAAAAAGUUUUUUGAAACAUUACAAACCACAAUUUCUGACAGCUAGGCGGAGUUACUUGUCUUGAUAUUGUUUAUUCACUAAAACAUACGUCUUUAAGUUUAGUUGACUCUGCUGUUUGCCUCCUGAUGUCUCGCUCCCUUUUUGCUCCUCUUCCUCCAUCUCUUAGCUAGUAGCAUCAUGCUGGCCCCUUGUCCUUACCCUUCGUCUCUUUCUUUUCUAGAAAAAAAAAAAGCAACCAUCAUCAUGCAUAUUUUGGAUCAUUCAGUUCACAAAAGCAGCACACCAGAACCCACAGUCCACUGCGCUAGCUUUAUUCAGUUUGACGUGGUGGUCCAAGUGUCUCCUGCAAGACCACACACCAGUAGUUUGCUCCUGACAUGUAACUCUGACCUCCCAUCUGUGCUGACAUGGCACUUCGAUUGUGGUUCAGUCUCACUGCCCACUGCUGUAUAAUCUUUUUUGCCACAAAUACAAUAGAAACAGACGAACCCUCCACAAAAAUAUGAAAAGGAGAUACUACUCUUCCCCCCUGCUGCAGCAGUGUUUCAGCAGUGAGAAGGGACAGCGCAGUGGUACACUAUGUCACACUUACAUCCUUGAUCUGUGUGAAUGAGACCCAGCAGGGUAGUGGCAAGAAGUGCGGGGCCUCAGAUAAUUAGAGGGAGACAGAGACGGAGAGAACGAGGAAACAAUUUGACAAGAGUUAAAUUAGUCGAAAGAAAAGGGGGACAGAGUGAAUCAAAGGGGAGUGAGGAAGUGGAAGAAGAGGAGGUGCAAAAAAGGAUGAAAAAGAGAAAAAGGAAGAGACAACGGAGAAUCUCAUUCAUCUGACUUGGGCCAUUAGGGAGCAUAUUGGGCACUUUGUCUGAUCUGCCUGCCAGCUGAGUAUCGGCCAACUGAUGCAGCACUCACAGAUGGUAACCCAGCACUUUGUGUGUGUGUGUGCGCGUGCGUAUAUGAGUGUGUGCAUAUGUGUGUCUGUCUACAACGGAGAGAGACAGACAGAGUUCUCUAACAUUAUCAAUUUCCUGUCAUGAGUUCAGUAGAGCGUCUCGACUGACUAGAAUGUUUAGCAGAGACGGACUAAACAUGAUGCAUGGCUGGCAUACCUUCACACUCUCCAUUUAAGUAGUUAACAUGACAUAACAAAGCCUGUAAUGUUUGUACAUGUAAUAGGAAGGAACGAACAAUGACAGAAAUUUCAAGGAUCAAACUGUGUCAUACUUUCCCCAGUCAAUCUUAGUUUCUUGGACCUGUUUUCAUGUUACUUUUUUACCAACAACCCCAUUCCCACCUCUUAGGUUCAUCCUGUUUUGAUUUUUUUCUCCUUUCAAGGUGAUUCUUAUGGGAUGUAUCUGUGUGAUAGAGUUUCUCUUGUCAUGCAAAGGAUGAGGAAGUGGCUGUAAAAUAAGAUUUGACGCUCUCAACCACCGUCUUUUUCUUCUGAGUAGGAAGUCUACAAUGUGUUAUGGCAGAAACAAAAUUGCCUAAAGCAAACAAAAAAAAAACAGUAACUGAAAAAGAAAAAAAAAUGUUAUGAAGAAAAAACACAAAGGCAAACUGUGGGCAGAAAAUAGUGCAAUCCAGAUUUUCACGUCUCUUAUUUUUUUCUCUUUAAGUCGGUGAAUCAACUUAUUUUCAGUUUCAUCGAGUUUAUUUGGAUGUACUAAGAGCUUUAAAAAUAUCUGUAGAUUUUAUGUACAGUGUGUAUGACUUUUAGAGCAUGUGAAGCUGUUUUCUUACUAUGCUAAAACACAAAGAAUACUCAAGCACAUGGACUUCACAGAACCACCGAUUGAAAAAAAAAAGAAAAAAAAAGAAGUGAAGAAGUAUUUACAGAACUUUUCCCCCCUUCGUCUACCUGCAAGCGGGAGUGGCCCAUGCUGCUCCAAAGGUCGGAUGUGAAGAGGAGGAAUGUGAUUAUCCCUAAAGCACAUGCCCGUUCAAAUCUGCAGCACAAAUAUAAAUCUUUUACGGAAGGCACAAUAUGAGAUUUGAACCCUCUUGGCACAUUUGCUGCCUUGCUUCACAUAUGUGAUCCUUCUGACAUCUUCGGAGAAGUCCUGUGGCACUGGGAGACACUUUUUGAAUGUGUGCUGAAGGGUGUUGCCCCAGCUGACAUUGAGUUAAACGUGUAGCACCGAGCAAUGUUGCACUGAAUACCUCUGACACUGGAACAGCUGUGAGUUUUUUCUGUCAUCGCCGGUGCUCGGAAGGAUCUCCCCCAGCUGCGUGUGUUUCUGCAGCAUCUCGGCUGUGUGUGUACAGCUAUACAGUCACGUUUAGGCGGACUGUCGCCACCUCUUUUCAACAUCCAAAAGCACAGACACAUGUUACAAAUACUUGCUGAUGUUAUUGCGACAAAGGUUUGAUAAUGUCAGAGGAAAUUUAAGUCGGAAGUGUACGAAGUCACUCGAAGAGGAGGAGGAGGAGGAGGAACCGGACUGCGUGUGAGAAUGUAUGUCUGUGUCUAUGUGCUAGACAGAUGUAUGUGUGCGUGUGUGUGAGUGCGUGCGUGUGCACAUGUGCGUCUACAGUGUCUCUGUGUGUACACAUAUAUGCACAUGCUUCGGUUUGUACAUGCCUCAUGUGCAUGAGCCAGACGACAGAGCGGGAGUGCGUCUCUCUGUGGAAUUUUGAAGUAAUGUGAUGCUUAUGUACAACUUGCCUCCCCUUGCUAUUUGUGUUGAUAACAGAGAGAUUUACAUAAUUAUAAUGAACUAUUACUUAUUGUGAUUGUGAACCCAUAAGAGUGGACACCACCUUCUGGUACUGUGUUGAACUGCGCUCGUACCCUAAAAAAAACCCUGAGUACCCACUCCCAAAAAUCUUUAGUCACCUCAACACAACGUUGUGCUCACUGUAUGUGUUGAUGCUAUGUUGCCCCUUGUUAUUUCAGUGUAAGUAUUAUUUGCCAUGCCCUCUUUCUGUGUUUUUGUUGAGUGAUUGCCUUUACAGUCACUCUCUCUGCUGAAACUAGCUAAGUCUCCAAUGGAAGAGAUGAUAAAAGAGUGAAAUCAGAGGCUCUAAUCAUUCCCAGGUAUCCUGCUCAUUACAGUGCAUCAGCACCCCCUGAUCGAUCCCCCAGGUCCCCAAACCUUCUAUCUUUCUUACUGUGUACCUCCUUAAUUGCCUUAGCCUCUGCUGCCAAUUCCCCCUCACUCCAUAGCUCCUAAAUUCUCCUCUCCUCUCUUCCCAGCUCCCUGCCUCUUUAUUGCUUUGCUUUUUGCCCCACUCUCCCUCAGUCCUCCCAUUCCUCCAGUCCCAGCGCAGAACUAACUCUGUUUUCUUUUCUUUUUCUUUUUUGGUGAAGUACUAUAGAUUGUUUUGCUGAAUCUUGAUACUGUGUUUUAAUGUUCUUGUCAACAUUUAAUAAACAUUCACAUUUUAUAAAUGGGGAACACCC